UACAGCGUGUUUUCAGGAGCUCUGUAGCUUCUAGAAACCUCACUACUCUCUGCCCGCAGCUCCUCGUUGAGUUGUGCUUGAAGUUAAUGGGAGAGUGUCCGAUCCUCUUAUAUAAGCAAUGUUUUGGUCAGAAUGUUCCUUAAAUUCCCCCCAUGGCCACGUUUAGUUACAAAGUAAGGACCAGGAAAAUUCAACUCCAGUGUUAAAAACGAUUUCUCCCACGUUCAUUGAAGAUGAAGCAUUGGAUUCCUUUUCUUCUGCUGGCAAUCGGGUGCUAUGUCUGGCAAACACAAGCUGAAUUCUUCACAUCCAUAGGUCAGAUGACAGACUUAAUCUAUGUGGAAAAAGACCUGGUGAAAUCUCUGAAAGAAUAUAUAAAAGCAGAAGAGAGUAAAUUAACAGAAGUUAAAAGCUGGGCUGAAAAGCUGGAUCAGCUGACACGCACAUCAACCUCUGACCCAGAAGGAUAUCUUGGUCAUCCAGUGAAUGCAUACAAACUCAUGAAACGGCUGAACACAGAUUGGCCAAAACUGGAGAGUUUGGUUCUACAGCAGACCUCUGAUGCAUUCAUUGCUAAUCUCUCGAUCCAACGGGAGAACUUUCCGACAGAUGAAGAUGAGAGUGGAGCGGCGAAGGCCCUCUUGCGUUUGCAGGACACCUACAGACUGGAUUCAGAAAGUAUAUCCAAGGGCAGGCUGCCAGGCGCGCAGCAUAUCGUCUUCCUGACUGUCGAGGAUUCCUUUGAGCUGGGGAAGAUAGCAUACAAUGAUGGUGAUUACUACCACACCGUACUGUGGAUGCAGCAAACCCUCAAGCAGCUGGAAGAAGGGGAGCCUAGUGCCGUAACACAGGCUGAAGCACUGGACUACCUCAGCUACUCUGUAUACCAGAUGGGCGACAUCCAUCGUGCUGUUGAUCUAACAAAGCGCUUAAUUGCUGCCGAUCCAACACAUUCAAGAGCACAGAGUAACCUCGACUACUUUAAGAACUUGAUGUAUGAAGAGGGGAAAAGUGAUCAAAGAAUGGAUGAAGAAUUCUAUCAAUCUCAGUCAAAGGAGGAGGUCUACAUGCGGCCAGAUAACUAUCUAUCUGAGCGGGAUUCAUAUGAAGCUCUGUGUAGAGGAGAAGGAGUUAAAAUGACUACUCGAAGACAAAGAAGGCUCUUCUGCCGAUAUCAAAAUAAUAACAACCACCCGCGCUUAAUUAUCGCCCCAAUUAAAGAAGAGGACGAGUGGGACAGUCCACACAUUGUCCGUUUCCAUGAGAUGCUGUCCGAAACAGAAAUUGGAAAAAUUAAAGAGAUAGCCAAGCCCUUGCUGGCUCGAGCAACUGUGCGUGACCCUAAAACUGGUGUUCUAACUGUAGCCAAUUACAGAGUGUCAAAAAGCGCGUGGUUGGACGACGAUGAGCAUCCCAUUGUGAAGCGAAUCAACCAACGAAUAGGGGACAUUACGGGUCUGGAAAUGGAGACUGCAGAGUUACUUCAGGUGGCCAAUUACGGGGUCGGAGGGCAGUAUGAGCCUCAUUUCGAUUUCUCCAGACGCCCUUUCGACAGCAAUCUUGCGACGCUGGGGAAUAGACUAGCCACCUUUCUAAAUUAUAAAGAUGAACCUGAUGCUUUCAAAGAAUUAGGCACUGGGAAUCGUCUUGCCACUUUUUUAAACUAUAUGAGUGACGUUCCAGCAGGAGGAGCCACGGUAUUUCCUGACUUUGGUGCUGCCAUAUACCCAAAAAAGGGCACGGCAGUCUUUUGGUAUAACCUUUUUAGAAGUGGAGAAGGUGAUUAUAGAACACGGCACGCAGCCUGCCCAGUAUUAGUAGGAAGUAAAUGGGUUUCCAACAAAUGGAUACAUGAGAGGGGACAAGAGUUCAAGAGACCGUGUGGAUUGACAGAGGUGGAUUGAUUUUAUGGACCACCAUGCUGUUAUCCCUGUUUAUACCUUUCUGUUCUUUUAUCAGGACAAGCAAACAGUCAGGAUUUGAUUUUUCCCCUUCAAAUGCCAAUCACCUCAUGCAUUCCUGUUUGAUCAGAUCAUUGCUGUUAUUUUCAUUCCAUUUGAUGUUUUUUUCUCCCCCACCCCACCACCUCCAGGCCCUCCCAGAAACUCGAUGAGAAAAAGCCCUUCUUGUAUUUUCAGUUGGUUGGUCAUCCCCUGCAAGAAGCUAAUUCAAUCUAAAUGGCAACGAAUAAAGUAAUAGAGCAGAGUACUCAUGUAGUGCUCUCUGGGAGAAGACAGCAAUAUCCUUUCACUCUAGAGAAAGAAGUGGGUGAAAAUAUCAGAGCAUUCAUUCAUCCUCUGUCCUACUGUCUUACAAAUUGGAAUAGAGAAAAAUGUGCAGUUUGGACCCAUCAUUCUUCCGCAUGGAUACAGCUCCAUGCUUCUCCCAUUCUUCACACCCCUCAGCCGCAACGCACUUGGGCAAUCUCUGCCUUUUGAGAUGUUCAAAACCCUGUUGAAACACCCCAGUUAAGGAGAACGUUCAUGUGAAAGCUGAUUGUCCAUUCUGACCAUUUACUUACCUAUUUACCUGAGGAGGAUUUCAUACUGUCAUUUUGACUGCUUAUUUUCGCUUUGAGGAGCUCUUCAACAGACUUCCAUUCCUAUGUCAGCGUCUGAUUGUCAUAUUCAAAUCAUCUUUUUUCUAAAUUGCAGAUGUCAAGUUCUGCCUUUAAGUACCAAAUUGACCCAAAUCCAUUCUAAGUUGCAGUAAGACAAAUGUGCGAACAGAGUGUGUCCAGGCUUUUUUUUAGUAACAAUCUAAACUGUUUCCCUGAGAAACUCCAAUGCAAUGAAAAUGAGCCAUGGUUCAGAGGUUAAUAUGUAGCAGCCUAAGAAGAGGGCCCACUGCCACCUUCUUGGGACAUUAGGUGUAAUAGGCAAAAGAUGCUGCUUUGUCAGCGUUACCCACAUCCAGAGGACAAAUGAAAAUACAAAGAACUGGGCCCUGUUGUCAAUGUUAACCUGGAUAAUUUGGUGGAAAAACAUCGCUGGCUCCAACUUGAUCAAUAUUUUUGAGCAAGGUCAGCACAGGUUCAUGCUGGGAAAAGGAUGCAACUUUGUGCAAAGUGCAUUCCUGCGAAGUUCCUUCUUGCCUUGGUACUUGACCCAACAACUGGGGGGGGGGGCAAGGAUAUUUCGGAUGGCAGGGUUUUCCGUCACGCCGUGCCCACUGACACUCCCUGCCCUGCGGCCAUUUCACGCUCCAGUGAGUGGGAAUUAACUGCAGACGGGACUGCCGCCCCCUCACUCGGGAGGCAAGGCUCUCUGGUCCCUGCAGCAACAGAAGCUGCAAUGGACAAGAAACGGAAGUUGAUGAAGUCGAUGGAGCCGAAGCCCCAGGAGUAACACAGAUAGGUGCAUUUUUGCGAUCUCAGAACAGGGAGCGUCAGGAAAGCCUGGGGAGUGUGUUUGGGAGGGGAUGAGGUUGGAUUGUGGGAG